AUGGCCGAGAUUGGCCUGGUGGCCUCAUUGUUGGGCAUCUCAACUUUCGCUAUUCAGUUGACUACGGUCCUCUACAAUUUUGGCUCGACUGCUUCAUCGGCCAGAGAACAGACGGACUAUGUCGCUCGCCAUGUCACGCUCUACUCGGACGUUCUCGAAAUACUCGCUCAGCGGAUCGACGACGACGAACCAAUCCACUCCCGCCAGGCUCUUGACCUAGUCAAUGACAUCUACGGCCAUUCUCGUGACCUGUUCGACAAGAUCCGAGAUCUCCUGCCAGACCGGGCCGACAAGGUCAGUUUCGUGGACAAGAUCAAGUGGAAUUUCAAGAAGACCAAGGUCGAUCUCCUGGUCUCCGAGAUCCAGUACCUGAAGAGCACCGUCAAUCUCCUAGUGAGCGUCCUGUAUGCCGGCCGGACCAUACGGAGGCACAAGCGCAAGAAGAAAUCCAAAAAGGCCGCGCAGGACGCAAUGGCCCAGUUCGCAAGGGCGCAGACUGCCAUUGUGGAACAGGUCAACGCAGCCGCCGUAAAGGAAGAUUGCCAGGCCAAGGCUGAACAAGACGAUCAAACAGCAGAUGACGAGAUAACUGGCACAAAUGGCAAUGACAAUGACAAUGGCAACGGCGGUCGCGUCUCUACGGCUCUGGUCAAGCAUUCACCGCAUGUACCGCCGUUAAUCAACACCACCGCCAUGGUCCAAUUCAGGCAGCUGGUGGGUCAAGCGAGCGAUGUUUCCGAGGAGCGAAGCCUCGUGAUGGCCAACUCGGUCGACUUGUUGAGAGAUUUGCUUGACCAAUGGACCACCCUGGAGGACGGCACCGCCGCCACAGAUGGAGACGAGUCCUCCACACCACGAGCAGCAGACGAACAGGCGUCCAGCGAAGCCAAUACCACGGCCGCAAGCCCGAAUCCGUCCGAAGAAGGGUUAUAUGACGUCUGGAGAAAUUACUACCUGCAGUCGCAAAAAAGAGUGGAAGAGCUCGAGGCUGAGCUAUCGAAGAUGAAGACAUCGCAAACUACUACUUCCCCCGCUGUCCACACCUCUCCUACCGACCCCUUCAGUGGGGGCAAUCCAGCGACAGCGGAGGCGGUUGCGGAUGCAGCUCGCAAACAUUUUCUUCCAUCAAGGUCGAGUAGUGAGAAGGAAGCAGGGAAGAAAACGCCCGACGGCCGAACGCUAGGACAAAGAGCUCUCGCGGCUGCGGAGGCCUUUGGGAUAAAACCACGGAAAACGGCCUCGGGACGGCAAGGUACAGGCGGAGAGAUGACCGUCCGCGAGAACCACGCGUCGUGGGAACGACAGACUCACGCAACAGCCUUUCAAGCCGAGAGGAUAUGUUCGCCACGAAGGCCGCUGAUGAUUCUCGCUACACCAAGCGACCCAAGGUGGUUCGGGAAGACGGUCUCACUGAUUCUUGGGGGGAUCCCUUGGGACCCUCCACUCCGAGAUAUCGAAGCCCAGGUGAUCGGGACUAUUACCGGGAGCGUUCUCGAAGUCGGGAUCGGGAUACAAGCCCUGGAAUUCGUGACCGUCACCGGGAGCGUUCUCAAAGUCGGGAUCGGGAUGGAUUCAAGCCUGGGGACUGACGACGGCUUUUUGGACUACGGCAACAACUUCAACUACUACAACUACGACAACUACGGCAGCGGCUCCUAUGUGCCUCCCCUUGGGGGCUACACCCUUCCUAUGGCUUAUGACUACCAACGACAUUAUGGGAAUUAUCCCGGUGUCGGCGGCAUCAAUGAUCGCCCCACAGUCCAACCGAACAUCAUCUUCCGAGAGAGAGUGCGUGAUGAUGAUAUCAGACGCCCCGAGGACUCUCGUCUUGAUAAAGGGCGUAACAAUGAAUCUAUACGCAAGGAGGACCCCGGGUACCGUGAUGAUGAUUACAUGUACGACCCCUGGUACCGUGGUGAUAAUUACCUACCCCUUCGGGACUCUCGUCCUAUUAUCGACCGCGCCUCGACGGAUACUAGGACUUCUCCCGUCCGUGAGAGAGUGCGUGACGAUGCAUCCGUUCGCUCUGAGGACCCUCAUCUCGGUAUCCACCGCUCCUUCACAGACGGGCCAAAUAUCACCCGCCGUGAGAGAGGCCGUGACGAUGUGUCUGUUCGCUCCGAGAGUCCUCUUGUCGGUGGAGCCUCCGCCGCCGCCGCCGCCGCUGCAGUCAACCCCGUGGGCGGCAGAAGGCGCAAGGAGGAACGUGCUCCUUACGUCGAUCGGGACAAGUUGUUCGCGAACCUACCACUCCGAACGCACAGAGAGAAAUUGGGCCCACACCCUCGUGCCAACGACUUAUUUGGGCGCCAAUUCUAUCCGACGUGA